AUGACGGCGGACGGCGAAGGCGGCGGCGAGAAAUCAAAGUUCCGGUGGCUGGACGCGGCGCGCUACGCGGUGGCCGCCGCGGUGACCGUGCUCAUCAUGGCCGUCAUCGUCAACGCCGUGAAGGUGGUCCUUCGCCCCGACUCGUUGCAACUCUCCGUCGACAAAGGCUCCAUCUUCACGGCGCAGUAUCCGCCACAGCUGAUCAUGGAGCUCAAGCUCCGGGCGCAGAACCCCAGCGGCCGGGUCCGGAUGUACUACGUCGGCGUCACCGGGUACCUGUUCGACAACACGACGUCGGCGUCGGCGUCGUUGGAUCCAGGAUACGAUUCCGUCGUCAUCUUCAAGCCGAAAGACAUGGCCGUGGUCCAGCAGGAGGCACUGGACUGCAGCCUAGGUAUGAAGGUGGUGAGGGAAAAGCAGAUGGAUCCGUCCCACUUCGACGUGCUGUACAAUGGCAGCAGCUUCAGCGACAUGACGCUGCGGCUGGACGGCGACCUCAUCACCGAGGUGACGUCCGAGCUCAACAUGACUCGCCGGACCACCUACUACUGCGAGGAGCUCCUCGUCGGCGGGAACGGGGACGACGAGGCUUUCAAUGAUCCCGCCACACAAAGGCACUUGGGUCCCGUUGUACCGCCAUCUCGGGCCGUACGCUCGCCGCCGGCGGCAUCUACCUGCGCGGCGAAGGCGAGGCCGCCGCCGUCAUUGGCCGACCUGCUCCGCCAGGACCAGCUCCGCGUCGACCACAUCCACAGGAGGCUGUCGUCGUCGUCCGAAGGCGUCCGCGUGAGCAAGCAGGCCGGUCCCGUCAAGGAACCGGUGCGUUCCGAGGUGAUCCACCUCCACGACCAGCCGGUUAUCCAAGUCACAAUCGGCUCCGAAAGGAAGACCUCCGCCGGCGGCGGCAGAGGCGGUGUCGGCGGCCAGCAAAGCCAGGCGGCGGGAGUUGUCCAGACGGUGGUGCUGGACACGGCCAGCGACGUGCCGUGGUACCGCGUCCCUAUCCCCAGCUCCCCCGCCUUAUCGUCGUCAUCGGGCACGUACGGCUCCGACCUCCUCGCGCUCGCGGCCGACCCAGCCAACGGCGCUUUAUCCUUCAAGUUCGGGUGCAGCCACGCCGAGGCCAAGCAGGGCGAAGAAGGCAGCUUGAACAACGCAACCGCCGGAGUCAUGGCGCUGGGCGGAGGCCCGGAGUCGCUGGUGUCCCAGACCACGGCCACCUACGGGAGCGCCUUCUCGUACUGCAUCCCAGCGACGGAGAGCCGCCAGCCGGGGUUCUUCGUGCUCGGCGGCAGCGGUGACCCCUCCGCUGGCGCCAGGUACGUGGUGACGCCCUUGCUCAGGUACGCGCGGGUGCCCACGUUCUACCGCGUGCGCCUCCUGGCCAUCGCCGUCGACGGGCAGCAGCUCAACGUGACCCCCUCGGUGUUCGCCGCCGGCUCCGUGCUGGACUCCCGGACGGCCAUCACCCGGCUGCCGCCGACGCAGUACCAGAAGCUGCGCGAGGCGUUCAGGAGCAGGAUGGCCAUGUAG